AUGAUAACUUUGCCGGCAGGACGUGGCGAGGCAGGCGGCGCGAUGGCGUGCGCCGGCUGCGAGAAGCCGAUCCUGGACAAGUUCCUGCUGCACGUGUUGGAGCGCGCGUGGCACGCGGCGUGCGUUCGCUGUGCGGACUGCCGCGCGCCGCUCGCGGACAAGUGCUACUCCAGGGACAACAAGCUGUUCUGUAGGAACGAUUUCUUUAGGCGUUACGGAACGAAGUGCAGUGGCUGCGGGCACGGUAUAUCACCUUCUGACCUCGUGAGGAAAGCACGGGAGAAGGUGUUCCACCUCAACUGUUUCACAUGCCUCGUCUGCAGGAAGCAGCUGUCCACGGGCGAAGAGUUAUACGUCCUAGACGACAACAAGUUUAUAUGCAAAGAGGAUUACCUAGCCGGAAAGGCGCCAACGCAUUCAGAUUCUCUGCUCGGUUCCGGUUCAGACGAAGAAGAAGAUGAUGAAUCAAGGGCGGCAAAUAAUUCCAGUAGUCCAGCACAUGCGCCACAUCCAGCUCUACACUCCGACCUAUCACAUAACGGUGAUACGAAACCUCAUGAAGAUUCAGAGGAUCAGGGCUCAUUGGACGGAGACCCUGAAACUCGUGACUCGCAGGCGGAGAACAAAUCACCUGAUGACGGAAACGGUGGCUCGAAAAGAAGGGGACCGAGGACUACGAUCAAGGCGAAACAGUUGGAGAUAUUAAAGUCAGCGUUUUCACAGACGCCGAAACCGACCAGACAUAUACGGGAACAGUUGGCGAAGGAAACUGGAUUGCCCAUGAGGGUUAUACAAGUCUGGUUCCAGAACAAGCGCUCGAAGGAACGACGUCUGAAACAGCUCACGUCUAUGGGCAGGGGACCGUUCUUCGGCUCUUCCCGCAAGAUGCGUGGGUUCCCCAUGAACCUGUCACCCGGGGGCUUGGAGGAGGGGCCGCCGGGGUUCCCAUACUUCGCGACAGCCGAUGGCAAGUUCGAGUUUGGCUAUGGCCCGCCGUUUCACCAUGACGCGCCAUUCUUCCAUCCGCCGCCGGCGAUGCCGUUCAAUCAGCCAGGUCGUUUCGCAGGCGGUAUGGAGACGCUGCAGGGUGGUGAAUUUCCCGAGCAAUUCCCACCGCCCGACCAUCUCGUGCUCCCUCGCCCCUCCUCACCCGAGUUCACGUUCGGGGACGCUCCGCCCCCCCUCCACCCCGAGGGUCUGGUCUGGUAG